GAUAGGAAGGCAGCAGGAAAGGCUGACCACCAAAGGUGUAAUUUCUACUCCGCUUAUCCGGCUUAGCCCUGAUGUCGCGGCUCGGCCUCAUUUAUUUGACAGCCGCUGCAGUCCCGCCUUUGAAGGAUUCGAUAUGAACCUCGUUACGUUUCGUGUCACCAACAAACUUGACUUGGGCUUUUUUUUCUUUGUCGCAGGUGCGGUGUAUACAUUGUUCAAGUUGCUAUUGCGACCCUGACAGUCACCGCCUCCGUUCCUAUUAAUUGGUCGAUAGGACGUGAUUUGCAGCCCGUAAAAGAGACUUGGUUCGCCCAAUUCUCGACUGCAAUCAUGGGCGCACAACACCUCAGCCAGAGCGGGCUCGAGGUGGUCAACACCGACAUGCAGGGUCUUCAAGCCGUCAACAACGACGACGACGGUAGAGUGUACAGCCCCAACAGCCACCACCAACCCUACAACGAGCACUGGGCAAAGACGGACCGCUCGACUAUCGCGACGCCGAUCCCGUCAGAGUACAGGCAGACGCCCGGAUUCGCCCCGGCCGAGCUGUACCACACACCGCCUCAUGCACCCACGCACUCUUCCGAGCCCAAGAGGGGCAAGCCGGUUCCCUUUGGUCUCAACCCUUGGGUCUUUGCUGCCAUCGCCGCCCUGAUCGGAAUGAUUAUUAGCGGUGCCGUAGUGGGUGGCAUUUUGGGAGCGCAGCUGGCGUCAAGUCCAUCGUCUCAAGCAACACCACAGCCGACGGUAGUGACGGUGCCCACGCAAAACACACCGUCCACGCGCAGCGACACGCCGCAGCCGGCCUCCACCACCUCGCCGACCCCGACCGCCGCGCUGGACGACUACUCGGUCGCGGAGCCCAGCGCCGUCAAGAUGCUCAAGUUUGACUGCCCGCGGAUCGACAAGACGCCGGUGACGUCGACGUUUGACAGGAAGCGCUUCGAGAUCGAGUGCGGCGUCGACUCGCAGGGCGCGGGCGCCGAGGCCCCGGGCGCCAUCUCGGUCAUCUCGGUGCACUACUCCUACAGCCUCGGCGCGUGCCUGGACGCGUGCGCCGUCAUGAACAAGCGCUCCGUCGACGGCGGCCGCGACAUCAGGUGCCGGCUCGUCGUUUUCCACGCCGGCAUGAGCGACAAUGUCGACAAGGGCGGCAACUGCUUCCUCAAGAAUGCGACCAGGGCCCAGGGCAACAAUGGCAACGUCAACGCCCGGCUGCUGACGGCAAACCUGGUCGACUAGAUUCAAGUCGUGUUUCGUUUUGUUUCGUUUUGUUUGGUUGUGUGUCGUCAAAGGCACCUUCUAUUUUCUUAGUCGUGGCGUAGGUCUUGGUCUUGGUCAGGGUUUGGCAUGGCUGGUGCGCUCUUUUUUGUUGAAUUCUUGUAUUUAAUUAGUGGAAAGUCCGCACUGAAAAGCCGAAAAGGCAAUUAAUUCGCAUAUACAAUUGCAAUUACUAGACUACCUAGCCGCUCGAGGAGCUCCUCGGGUGAUUUGUUU